AUGGCGUCAACCAACGUCAACAAACCUGUUGAUUUGAAGCUCAAGGAGGCCGAUGUCAACAGGAAGCUCCAGAUCUACGGCAUUGCCACCGCAUUCCAGAACGGCAAGGUCCCAUCGAAUGACCAAAUCGAUGUCGCUUUGAACAGCUUCCUGGCCUCCAAGGCCCUCUCCAGCCCCGCCGACAAGCUCUCCACCGAGGGCAAGGCUCUUGUGAAGGAUUUCCGCGAAGUUGUUACCCAGGCCAAGAACCUCCUGCUGUCCAAGAAUGAGGGCAAUUUGCUUCAGGACUUCAUUUGGCAGACCACACAGUUCGACCCAAACGCUGUCUCCACACCCAAUGCCCCUGUGAACAAGGAGACCGCACAACAGCAUGGCGACAAGGCACUUCAAGGGUUGCGCACUCUCGGAACGCUGAUCAUUACCAAUGGCCAAUUCCGGAAGCUUCUGAAUGACGCCAGCAUCUUGUUGCGCGACAUUGCUGGUGAUGCUGCUACUAAUGCUGCCGGCAAGGUCAGGCCUGGCGAGGAGCGAUUGGCCCAAAUCGAUCGGCCCGCCGACGACAACACAUGGCACGAUGCGCCCGACUUUUCCAAGCAGAACAUUAAGAGUCAGCUCCAGAAGAAUUACAAGGGCAACGACCCUCAGCAGGAUGCGCAGCACGUGGCCGGAAACGCAGCCACUGCUGCUCAAAACCAGAGCGUCGACAGUGGUGUCAACGUCACGGCAGGUGUUGACGCCGCGAAGCAAACCGCGCAUGAGAAGACGGGCUUGACCGAGCAAGACACUGAGGAGGCGAAGCAGGCUGCCAACCAGCGAGCUGCAGAGUAUCGUGCCAAGACCCUGGACUACCUCAAGAGGAAGAUUCCCCAGGAGCGUCGUGAGCAAACUAUCUGGCGACUGAAGAAGAUGAUCCUUGAGUGCCAGCAGCACCCUGACUACCAGGAGGCAAUCACGACCCUGUUGGAUCUCGCUGAGCAGUAUGGUGGUCAUGCAAACACGUUGGCCCAGGGUGGCACCGGCACCGUUAAGGGCGCUCGCUCGUCCCUUGCUCAGGCCGAGGCUGACCUCAAGACACUGAUCGAACGGUUCGCGAACGGCACUUCCAGCGACGAUCUGUGGUCAUCUGUGAACCAGAUCUACGAAGACGCCCAAAGGGACCCAGAACUCAAGGACUGGUUCAAGUCUGUGGACAAGUACAUUCGUCGGUCUCUUCAGGAGCAGGGCUACAUCCUGGAAGAAGCUUCCACCCAGGAGUGGAAUAAGUUGUACGACCAUGGCGACUACUUGCUGCGCCAGAAGUACAAGACUCACACCGACCGUGUCAUCGACGAGAUCAAGUUCCUCGCGGGCCAAUUCGAUGAGGAUGCCCAGAACAAGCAGUUCGCCGUCACUGUCGAAAAGCUCUUCACCGACCUUGGAAACGACGAAAACGGCAAGCCAACCUUUAAGCCACAUUUGGUCAAGGAUCUUACGGAAGUCAUUCUUCCCGCUGUCUUUGAGAAUAUAGCGUACAUUCCCGUCCCUCGCAUCGAGUACUCCGAUCCCCAGGUCGACGCUGUCAUCGAAAACCUCGUUCUCGAGAGUGACAACUUCACGCCAAACCUGCUGGAGAUCAACAGCGAGAACCACAUGAGGUGGGGACGCAAGAAGGUCUCCAGCAAGCAUCAGCAUGCCUUCGAGAUCAAGGUCUCAGGAGUCCAGAUGGAUCUUCGUGAUGUCAGCUUCUAUGUCAAAAAGAAGCAGGGAUUCCCUUCCAUCACCGACCAGGGUGUUAUGGACAUUAUCCUGGCUGGAGAGGGCUUCGGCUUCACCUUGAAGAUGUCUUCGGCGGAUAAGAAGGAUUCCCAGAACUUUUUCAAGGUCGACAAGGUUGACGUUAACAUCAACAACAUGAAGCUGAAGGUGAAGAAGUCCAAGCAUAAGCUGCUGUUUGCUAUCGCCAAGCCAAUUGCGUUGAAGGCCAUGCGACCCGCCAUCCAGAAGGCUGCUGAGAAGGCCAUCAAGGACAACUUCAACCAAGCGGACGCCUUCCUGAAAAAGGUCCAGGUUGAGGCCAACCGUGCGCUGGAGGAGGCUCGCGAAGAUCCUCAGAACGCGCCCAAUGUUUACAAGCGCUACGUUGACGCCUUCCAGAAGCAGCUCCUUCAGGGCAAGAAGAAGGCGGAGGCUGCUGUUGCCGAUAAGAAGGUCAACUACGCCAUCACCCAGGAGGACAGCAUCUUCAAGGACAUUAAGCUGCCCGGCGGUAUCAGCUCCAAGGCUACUGAGUACAAGGAGCUGGCCCGUAAGGGCGAGAAGUGGGAGUCGCCUGUCUUCUCCAUCGGAUCUGCCAAGACAAGCACCAACAUCCCGCCUGCCCCCAAGGUGACCAGGAAGCCUCACACCACAGGCACUGCCGCUAAUGGCCCCAGCACCAACGGCAGUAGUACCUUUGCCGACGGCAACAUCAAGAAUGAUCUCAACUUUGCUGCGCAGAACCAAUUCCACCCAAACACCGCGACCACCACUGUCUCUUAA